GGAUCAGGAGGGACAAAUUCCUACAAGCAGCAGCAACCGGAAGAAAGCCGAGCCACAGACGACCACGACCGGGCGCAUGCGCAGACAGCGACUCCCGGCCUCCACCCGCUCUCGAGGGCUUCCCACGCCCAGCGCGCGACCCUACCCCCAGCCCGGCGAGCAGGGAUCCGACUGCGCACUAGCGGUCCUCAGCCGGCGGGGCGAGGCAGGGGCGGGGCCUCGCAAGGAGCGACGGGACGUGCCACCAAUCUCCAGGCUGCUCCACCUCGGGGGCCCGUUUUGAAAUUCCGCGGGGCCCAACGGCUCGCGGAGCAUCUGUCUGAAGCGAGAGUGCCGGUUCUUGCUGUGUUCGGGCCCUCGUGGAGUAGGUCCGAGGCCCUGACGCCCGGCUGCUUGGAGCGUCCGCUAUGAGGAGAAGUGAGGUUCUGGCCGAGGAGUCCAUAGUAUGUCUCCAGAAAGCCCUGAAUCACCUUCGUGAAAUAUGGGAAUUAAUUGGGAUUCCAGAGGACCAGCGGUUACAAAGAACUGAGGUUGUAAAGAAGCAUAUCAAAGACCUCCUGGAUAUGAUGAUUGCUGAGGAAGAAAGCCUGAAGGCAAGGCUCAUCAAAAGUAUAUCGGUCUGUCAAAAAGAGCUGAGUACCCUCUGCAGUGAGUUACAUGUCGAGCCAUUUCAGGAAGAAGGAGAGACAACCAUCUUGCAACUAGAAAAGGAUUUGCGCACUCAGGUGGAAUUGAUGCGAAAACAGAAGAAGGAGAGAAAACAGGAACUGAAACUGCUUCAAGAACAAGAUCAAGAACUAUGUGAAAUUCUUUGCAUGCCCCACUAUAACAUUGAUGGUGCUUCAGUUCCCAGCUUAGAAGAACUGAACCAGUUCAGGCAGCAUGUGGCAACUUUGAGAGAAACAAAGGCAUCUAGACAUGAAGAGUUUGUCAACAUAAAGAGACAGAUCAUACUGUGUAUGGAAGAAUUAGAUCACACCCCAGACACAAGUUUUGAAAGAGAUGUGGUGUGUGAAGAUGAAGAUGCCUUUUGUUUAUCUUUGGAGAAUAUUGCAACACUACAAAAGUUGCUACGGCAGCUGGAAAUGCGUAAGUCACAAAAUGAAGCUGUGUGUGAGGGUUUGCGUGCUCAGAUCCACGAGCUCUGGAACAGGUUGCAAAUACCUGCAGAAGAGAGAGAAGCAGUGGCCACAGUUAUGACUGGGUCAAAGGCCAAAGUCAAGAAAGCGCUUCAACUGGAAGUGGAUCGGUUAGAAGAAUUGAAGAUGCAAAACAUGAAGAAAGUGAUUGAGGCAAUUCGAGUGGAGAUGGCUCAGUACUGGGACCAGUGUUUUUACAGCCAGGAGCAAAGACAAGCUUUUGCCCCUUACUAUUCUGAGGACUACACAGAAAAUCUGCUCCAGUUGCAUGAUGCCGAAAUUGUGCGGUUAAAGCACUACUAUGAAGGUCACAAAGAACUCUUUGAAGGUGUUCAGAAGUGGGAAGAAAGCUGGAAGCUUUUCUUGGACUUUGAGAGAAAAGCUUCAGAUCCAAGCAGGUUUACAAAUCGUGGGGGAAAUCUUUUAAAAGAAGAAAAGCAACGAGCCAAGCUCCAAAAAACACUCCCUAAGCUGGAAGAAGAGUUGAAGGCACAGAUUGAAGUGUGGGAACAGGAGCAUUCGAAGGCAUUUGUGGUAAAUGGGCAGAAAUUCAUGGAGUAUGUGACAGAACAAUGGGAGAUGCAUCGACUGGAGAAAGAGAGAGCCAAGCAGGAAAGACAACUAAAGAAUAAGAAGCAGACAGAGACGGAGAUGCUCUACGGCAGUGCUCCCCGCACACCUGGCAAGCGGCGAGGACCAACACCCGGCACGCCGGGCAAAGUUCGCAAGCUGAACACUACCACCAUCUCCAACGCUACAGCCAAUAGCAGCAUUCGGCCUAUCUUUGGGGGGACAGUCUACCGCUCUCCUGUGUCUCGACUUCCACCUUCUGGCAGCAAGCCAGUCGUCACUUCCACCUGUUCAGGGAAGAAAACGCCCCGUGCCGUUAGGCAUGGAGCUAACAAGGAGAACCUGGAGCUCAAUGGCAGCAUCCUGAGCGGUGGGUACCCCGACUCAGCCCCCCUCCAGCGCAACUUCAGCAUUAAUUCUGUUGCCAGCACCUAUUCUGAGUUUGCGAAGGAUCCGUCCCUCUCUGACAGCUCCACUGUUGGGCUUCAGCGAGAACUUUCAAAGGCUUCCAAAUCUGAUGCUACUUCUCGAAUCCUCAAUUCGACCAACAUCCAGUCCUGAGAAGCCCUGAUUAGCCAGCCAGCUGUGGCUUCCUGUUCCUUGACCUAAUUAUAGAGGGGUAGCUUUAAUUAUUCUUCAGUUUGGUUUGCUUAAAACCCUGGAUGGCUUCCAUGACCAUGGGCUUAACUUUAAGACACAGAUGAGUGUUACAUCAUUUAUUCAGUGGGUCCUCAGAGACUUGGUUUUAUUUUGGCUCAAAAAAAAUACAUUAAAACUUAGUUUAUAGUAGUAAGUGCAAAUUUUAGCAUAUAGGGACCUAUUUUCUUUCUGUACCCCAUAAUUUCACUUGCUGAAGCAUGAUCAAGGCUUGUUUUAUUUCUCUCCAUUGUGUAGGAAAAUGAUAGAUUGUGCCCAUCCUUGGGGUAUGGGACAGAGGUAAUUCUGACUUGUAUACUUGUAAUUAGCAAUUAAGAUCUUUUUAAUUUAGAGAUGUUCAAUUAAUGCUGUAGCUUUGUUAGCUUUGCUCUCACCAGAAGGCCUGUGCCCACAGGGCAGCCCUCCUCAUGAGCAUGUCUUUGUGUAUCAGAAAUUGAGUAGCCUGUCCUACUGCCAAAGAAGUGACAGAGAGACUGGGAGUGACUUGGUUAAUUGUGUACAGUUCUGUUAUUAUAGUGCAAUGCCCUCUGUGGGGUUAUGUGUGUAUGAACACAUUUGCUUUUCUGAACUCUUUAUUCUUCAGAGUUUUUCUCUGGAUCCAGUCCCCCCCCAUCCCUGUGCCCACUCUGCUUGAGUUCUUCUCCCUCCUGCAGUUGCCAGCUAAGCUGGGGGGGGGCAGGGGAGCAUUUGAAUGGGUUAGACCAUUUCUGCUGUGGAGAUUUGGAAUUUUGCACAUCAGUACUGGGGUGAUGUUCCCGUGAGAGCUUCCACAACGUAGCUCCUUCUUUCUCCACCUAGCCAAUCACUACUUGUUCUCCCCAAAACACCAUUAUUUAUUCUUACUCUGCCUGCACUAAUACUACUGGCAACACAUUAAAUGGUUCUCAGAAGCUUACCAGUGUGGACUUGGUCUUUGUCAGCCAUGCUGUCUAGUCAUACGUAUACAUGUCCUGUUUUUAAAAUAUAAAUAUAUUGUUAAAAAUAAAUUAAAAUGUGUAUACUUACAUUUCAAAUACAUGAACUGUGGUGGUUUUCAUUUUUUUUUUUCAAAUCACUUUUCAGUUGGUUUGGUUUGUUGAAAACAGGAGACUUAAAAAGAUGUACAAGAAAUUAUUAGUAGGAAGUAUGAUUGUUACAUUUAGUGCAUUUCUAAUAUCUCUUAUUCUCAGAAAAAAUUUUUUGAGAGUAUUGAAAACCUUAAUUCCUGAUAAUAAAGGGACUAAAUUAAUAUUAGGAAACUUAUUUCAUAGCUAUUUGUCAUAUUAAGAGGAAGAACUAAUAAUAUGGCUACAUGACUUUAUUCCUUUAUUGAGGAAUAAUUUACAUAGAUAACGUCACAUAUUUAAUGUACACUUUGAUAAAAUUUGACAUACACCAUGAGACCAUCAUGACAUGACAAUCAAGUUAGUGAAUAUAUACAUCACCCCCCAAAAAUUUUUCCUGUCACUUUAUCCCUCCAUCCCACUGCCACCCAUCAAGCAACCACUGACCUACUUUCUGCCACACUACAGAUUUGUUUGCUUUUUCUAGAGUUUUAUGUAAGAAUCAUGUUAUAUGUACUCUUUGAUCUAUCUUUUUUACUAUUUUUCAUGACUUUUGAGAUUCAUCUAUAUUGUUGCUUGUCCCCAUAGUUCAUUCAUUUUUAUUGCUAAGUAGUUUUCCAUUCUGUGGUGUGAUGGUUGAGUUCAUGUGUCAGCUUUGCUAGGUUAUGGUGCCUAGUUGUUUGGUCAAGGAAGCACUGGCAUGACUGUUACUGUGAGGAUAUUUUGUGGAUUCAAAUCAUCAGUAAGUUGUAUGCAUCUGAAGCUGAUUAUUUCUACAGUCAGUUGAGGAGACUGCCUGCAACAUUGAGAAAAAUCUCAUCCAAUCAGUUGAAGGCCUUAAAAGAAGUGAUGAUUUCAGCAGUCAGAAGGAAGAAUUUCCAUCUCUACUUCAGCCAGCCAGCUUCUCCUAGGGAAUUCAUCGAAAACCUUCAUCAGAGUUCCCAACUUGCAGCCUACCCUAUGGAAUUUGGACUUGCCCACCCGCACGAGUCAUGUAAGCCAACUCCUAUAGUAAAUCUCAUAAUAUUUACAUGUCAGUUCAGUUUCCCUGGAGAAACUUGACUAAUACAUCUGGAUAUACCAGAGUUAAUUUACCUAUUAUGAACAUUUGGGUUGUUUCCAGGUUUUAGCUAGUACAAAUAAAGCAGCUGCGACCAUUCAUAUACAAGUCCUUGUAUCAAUACAUUUUUUUCUUUUGUGUACCUUAGGAGUGGAAUGGCUGGAUCACAUGAAAGGUGUAUAUGUUUAACUAUUUGAGAAACUGCCAAACUGUUUUCCAAAGUGGUUUCACUGUUUUACAUUCCCACCAGUAACGUGUGAGAGUUCAGCUUCUCCACAUCCUUGCCAACAUUUGGUAUUGUUUUUGUAGCUUUAGCCAUUCUAGUGGGUGUUCUUUUUUUUCAUUAUGUUUCAACUUGCACUUCUGUAUUGACUAAUUGUUGAGUAUCUUUUCAUAUGCUUAUUUGCCAUCCUUCUGUUUUCUUUGUUGAAAUGUCUGUUCAACUCUUUUGCCCAUUUUAAAAAAUUGAGUUGUUUGUGUCCUUAAGUAAAUUUUGAGAAUUCCCUAUAUAUUCUGGAUACAAGUCCUUUAUCAGGUACAGGCACUCCUCAAAGAUAUUGCGGGUAUGGUUCCAGACUGCCACAAUAAAGCAAAUAUUGCAAUGAAGCGAGUCAUAUGAAUUUUAUGGUUUCCCAGUACAUAUAAAAGUUAUGUUUAUACUAUACUGUAGUCUGUUAAGUGUGCAAUAACAUUAUGUCUAAAAAGCACUGUACAUACAUUAAUUAAAAUGUGACACAAAGUGAGAACUCACUAUUGGAAAAAUGGCACCAAUAGAUUUGCUUGACGCAGGGUUGCCACAAACCUUCAAUUUGUAAAAACACAAUAAAGCAAA